UAGAACUGCUAUUUUUAGAAGGUUGGUGAUCUUCCAUUUUGCUGCUGUGCAAAUUUUGGGCGUCGAGCGGUCUUUAGCCUUGAUACAACUGAAUCAUCGGUCACGCUUCAGAUUACACCCUGAAUCCUGACAAACAAAGCUCCUUGGUCAAUGAAGGACCUCGGAGAUUGCCUAGGGAGUUGAAGAAAUUUGCAGGACCUUUUUUGAGAGGCAAAUGUUGGACGAAUCCGCAGUGAAAGAUUAAAGCGACAUGACGGAGUACAAACUGGUUGUUGUCGGAGCCGGUGGUGUUGGGAAGAGUGCCCUCACGAUACAACUCAUUCAAAACCACUUUGUGGAUGAAUAUGACCCAACUAUCGAGGAUUCUUAUCGUAAGCAGGUGGUGAUUGAUGGAGAGACGUGUCUUCUGGACAUUCUGGACUCUGCCGGUCAAGAGGAGUACAGCGCCAUGAGGGACCAAUACAUGAGGACAGGGGAAGGCUUCCUUAUCGUUUUUGCCGUCAAUAAUCGCAAGUCCUUCGAGGAUUUCAACCUGUACUGGUCUCAGAUUUUCCGUGUGAAGGACACAGAUGAAGUACCCAUGGUUUUGGUAGGGAACAAAAUCGACUUGCCAGAGAGGACAGUUGCCACAGAGGACGGUCUUGCGAUGGCCAAGAGCUCGGGCAUCCCGUACAUCGAGACGUCAGCUAAAACCAGACACGGAGUGGAUGAUGCAUUCUACACUUUGGUGCGAGAGAUCAGGAAAGAUAAAGAAAGGCGGAAUGCCAGCAAGAAAAAGAAGAAAAAGAGCAAGGGAAUGAAGUGCAUUUUGGUCUAAGGGAGAAGAAGCGGACUUUUCCAAUCUUCACUGUGUCGAUAAACAAUCUCAAGACGGGUGUCCAGCCUGUCAUGUAUACUUGGAGACUCCAACCAAUCUUGUGUUCGAUUUGGGGGGCAGCAAACACAAAUCUGUGCAGUGCGGGCCCUGUAUAGAGGCACAGGUCUGGCCGCAGACUGCGUAGCUGUUUAUAUUGUUCAAAGAUAGUUUGAAUCGGAUAUCCUUCCGGGGAAGGUGUACAAGUUAUCUUGAGUAACACUUUCCCUCUAGCUCUCGAUGACGGGACCGGGUCUUUGGCCCUCAUGCACGAGUUCAUGUUUUGGAGAAGGGACGCUGGUUUCUGAAUUGUGUAUGCCCUCAUAUUGAGACAGGGACGACUUGGGCCCCUUAAAUUGUAAAUUGAAUUCCCUGCCUUACUUCUCUGACAGUUUAGACAUUCAGUGUGCGUGUAGGACUGGUAAAGUGGGGAUUGUUGGUUGAGGUGCAUAUGGAUAAGUCGGUAAGAAGGCUAAAAAGAACUAGUCCAGUGAGAGUUCCUUCUUGGCGGGCCCGAGGCUGUGUCAGAAUGGAAGGCACGGGGGAGAAUCCGGUGUCUGUUUGCUGCCCCCUAGAGUUGGAAACUUCUGCCGGUAGUUCCAUAUUCAUCCAUGCAGGGUUCGGUUGAAAGGUUGGUUGUGUAAGGGUCAGUAACCCUAAAAGAGCCGGAAGGGGGAGGGUGGAGUCUGCCUCCCUCUGCAUCUCUAGGAAUUUUUGUCAAUAACUUUUUGCAGUCAUUUUGAUCUCAAUUUUGUGACAUUUGAACAUACCGUUCUUGCACGGUGCCCAUUUUGUUCAAACAGGUCAGCCCAAAAUGUGUACUCUUCCACUGCUGUGCUCAGUGCAUGCAGGCCGGGUCACAUGUAGCCUUGACCUUCAAAUGACGUUAGCAAAAGUAAAUACCAGACUGGUUUGAAACUCCACAAAGGUAGUUAUAGGGAGUGACUUUACCACGCAUUCCAGGUUUGUUGAAACGCUAAGUGCGAGAGGGGCGAGCUCUUCAGGAGAGACACCCCCAGCAGCUUUGAGAUGGUCCGAAAUAACCCGGCUCUUUUAGGGUUGAGCAGUGUGCAUUUCUUGCAUUGUAACAUUUACUGUUUUCCUGAAAAUGAAAUUCACUUUUGCUCCUAAUUUUGUAUAUAUUUCGAGCACAAGACAACCAUCAAGCUCUACACUGUACACAAGAAAACUUGACCCCUUUUUGUUAAUCUCCUUGUAGGGCCUUCGUGUGCACCCAAUGGAUUUUUGAAUGUGUUUGUAUUUUUGAUGCCACAUACCAAACUAGAUGACCACAGUGAUGGUGUUGUGUCAGAGCCAAUUAUUUACCUAUGCCCUUGAGAAUAAAUCAGUUGGAAAAACAGUAGCUGCUAGGGCACCUGUAGAUGCACCUGUGUGGAUCGUGGGAGCUGUUUCUUUAUUUCUGUUGGCUCUAGUUAUUUUUGCCUUGGUCAGUAUUCCUAUCUGUAGAAACCAAUCCAGGAUGCACGGCACGAAGGCAUCACGGAAUGGUCCUGUGCUAGGGCAAAGUGGCCUGCGCGAUCAGUGCACCUUUGACCUACGACAUGGUUACCUCCCGUGGUACUGCAGGCAGGCCAUAUGUAAAGAGCUUAUAAACCAAUGCAGGGGUGCAGAAUCAUUCUUGAAUGUCCCAUAUGCACAGGAGAGUAGUGGGUGUAACAGAAAGUAGUAUUGGAAAGCUGUAUUGCUUUAUAGGGCUGCCAACACCGAGUAAGUUUGAGCAUGACAGAAGAUGAUUCCAUAGCAUAGGGAGCCCAUUUCAGACUCGGACUUAAACCUUGUUUGCACAAAACCAUUUGAUGUCAUCAACACCACCGGGAUAAAAACUAAUCAGAUCUGUUUGUUUGUUACCCUACCAGAAACCAACUUACAGGCUGCAGAAUGUUUUCAUUCUGUGGUCAGGAUAGGGUGUUGCAGUCACUGUUUUGAUGAUAAGAAAAGCCGUAUUUCAUUUAUUUACCACAUGGGUUGGAAUUCCCAUAUGUGCACGGGAGCUCGAGGCAGACAAUAACCUGAAAUGCGCGAGAGUUGGCAGCCCUGCAAAUACGAACAUCCAUCCCGUAUAGAAGCACUUACUUCGAUGACUAUUGUUUCACUGGUGUACCUCAUAGGAAGAAUUGAAGGCAUGAUCAAAGAUCUUAUAGUGGCGCAAGACAGGAACUCUACCAAAAAGGUGUAAUCACCGUGGGCGCCAUUCAAACAAGUGAUACGCCUGCGCAGUGGAUGUUAAUGCACAGGCGGAAAUGCGCACACUCGUACCAGGUGUGCCUGCCUGGAACAGCGUCUGUGCAUUAAUGUGCGUUGCGCAGGCGUAUUGCUUGGUCAAAUGGCGCCCAUGGUGAUUACAACAGUUUACGUGCAUUCACGGUGAAGUUCUCCAUCUUGCGCCGUCACGCUGCAAGAUCUGUUGGCAUGAUUGAGGCAUGUCUACUCCACAGACUCCCAAAUAUCGUGCAUUUGGACAGCAUCUGCAUUUCUAAAUAUCCAGUGAUGUGUUUUAUGUACAUGUAACUCCCAAGACUCCCAGAUAUCGUGCAUUUGGACAGCAUCUGUAUUUCUAAACUUCCAGUGAUGUGUUUCAUGCACAUUUAACUCCCAAGACUCGCAAAUAUUGUGCAUUUGGACAGCAUCUGUAUUUCUAAACUUCCAGUGAUUUGUUUUAUGCACAUGUAACUGAGGGCACUUUUUUGCAUCUCAAGUGUCAUAUUUCGAUGCUGCACCCUGAGUGCAAGGUCAUGUUUUUCCUGUGUCUUCACACCUAAGGAGGCCACUCACCGUUGUCAAGAAUGCACAGUUUCUGAUGACCAGUUUCUGUAUUUCUGAAAAAUCCCUCACGUUUCGAAAUGUUUUGAAAUGGUUUUGAUCAGCAUACCGUGGUGUUUGUCAAUUCUAAAUGUAAACUACCCGUAGAAAACCAUUUUCAUUUUUUGUUUAUUGUUUUACUGCACAGAAUUCUGUCCCUGCUCAUCUGAGCAAGUGGAAAUUAAAAGGUCAUAUUUGUAGGUCACCUGCAUUGGUUUAUUAUAGCUCUUCAGUUUUCAUAUCUCUGAAGCCCUGACCAUGACCCAUUCAUAAGCCCCUCCCCAUGCUGCAGGCUGCUGUCAUUCAACGUCUCGAGAUUAUUCACGGUGUUUUCUCCAGCUUAAUCCAAUUCCAAGUUUGUACGUAAACUCUUGAAGGUAAUGUUAUGUGCAUACAAUAUAUCACUCAUCACCCUAUUGUAAAAUACAGUUGUGGAAUAAGAUAUGAAAAAAGAUAAUGGAUUUUAAAUAUGAGCAUGAUUGAUGCAGUUUUCCCUUUUUCAGUAAAAGAAAUUGCCACGUGUACUUUACAUCUAGUACGUAGUCCAACUUUUCCAGAGUUGUUCCUUUUGUUUUCUCCACUUCAAAAGUUAGCCCAGAUGAUGUAAAAAAUGUACAAAAAUUAGACACUGGAUGUAAUUGUAACAUUGUAGGUCCUAUCUCACCUCUUCCUUAUUUUCAGUUGCCAUGAUAUUUUACUACUGUACAGAAUGUUUGUGUAACCUGCCCUCCAAACUUGUAUUUGUGGGGUAGAAGAAGUAAUGUACAGAAGCAGGUGGAAAUGAUCUUCAACCUCCUUUAAAAAAAUUAGAAUUAGUAAUAUUUAGAGUUUUUCUUUGAUCAAAGCGUACAGGAGUUGAGCUUUGUGUCCUUGAGAAGUCCACACCUUUCUGGCUCUGCUUUUUAAAUUUUUAAGUUGUCACUUGUGGCUCGUGUAUUUGCUAGCUUCAGUGUUUUUUUCCCAUCUUUUUUCCCCCCAAAUGAAGUGAUCUAUUUUUGUUGUUGCUUCAAAACUUAAUCUGUAGUAUUGCACGAGUAUCCAUAAACAUUUAUGUGUGCUUGUGUGUUACCAUCUCUUUUCCUUUUCUUAUUAUUAUGACUAUUUUUAAUGUGUAACUUUUUUUCUAGUACAUGUACAUGUGUACUUUUUUUCUCUAUAAGUAAGAUUGGCUGUACUUCACACUAAUUUACGGUGACCAUUAAAAUACAUGUAGUGUUUUUCUCUGUCAGCAAACUAGUGUCAAAGCAAUUCAGUGAAUUUGCUUUAAUAAGUAUGGGAUUUGAUACAUACCAAACAAAGAUGUGACACACUGGAUUAUUUGAGCUGUUUGUCAGUUAUUGAACCUUUCUCGUGUCUGACUAAGCCUUAUUCCUGAUCCUGGAGCCAUAUUGUGUAGUCCUGAAUGUAUCAUCCAGUUUGAAAAAGAACAACAUUUUGUAUCCUUAGCUUUUUAUGACUGGAUUAAUAGUAAUUGUACCAAUCCUGGCCUGUAGUAGGAGAUGGCCACCAUAUUGUGCUGUGCUGUAGUCAAAACUAUUCCAAGACCAUUUGCAAGGCCAAACAUGACCAUGCACAAGAUUACAUGUAGUCUCAAGUACCGGUAACAGGUUGAGCAGUGACAGGAAUGAUUUUGCGGCAGUUCACUUGAAAUAGCCAAAUAUUGCAGCACCCUUUGAUGGAGGGUUUGCGUGGCUGCCAUCUUACAGGCUAUUGCUUUUGUUCCACAGGGUAAUGCACAAAGGAGGUGUCCCUGUGGAACAAAACAACUGCCGUGCAAGAUGGCUACCGUGCAAAGCCUUGAUAGGCACACACAUAGCAAGUCGCAAGACUAGACUCGAGCAAUAGGACAGUGGCAGGAAUACUUUUGUUGCAGAUCCAUUUGAAUAACUUGUGACUGGACUUCAGACUGAAGGCUUUGUGUUGGUCUCUUUGUGAAGUUAUCAAUAAAGUUUCAGUCAGAAGUCAAA